GGAGGACCCGGCUUCCUCUCUAUGGUUCCCGCGGCUCAGAACGGCCGGUCACGUGAGGACCUGCGAAGGAGCGAAGAGGUGUUGUGUGGGUGCGGGCUGGCUGCGCACUGAUGGACAGUGAGGUGCAGAGGGAUGGGAGAAUCCUGGAUCUGAUUGACGAUGCUUGGAGGGAAGACAAGUUACCAUAUGAGGAUGUGGCAAUACCCCUAAAUGAACUUCCUGAACCAGAGCAAGACAAUGGUGGCACAACGGAGUCAGUAAAAGAACAAGAGAUGAAAUGGACGGAUUUGGCUCUGCAGUAUUUGCAUGAAAAUGUUCCUCCAACAGGAAAUUAGUGAAUCAGUGCUAUUUCCAGGAGUGAUUUCAGUUCAAGAUGAUGAUUUUUCAGCAGCGCUUCACUGUGCCCAGUCAAAUAAGAAGGAAAUAAGACGUUUAAAAUGGUCUCAGUUUAACCUACUUGUUGAAUUCCACAAGAAACAAAAUACAGUUGGAAAAUCCCAUAAAUAUGAUGCAAUUAUGACAUGAGCUAUAACUGCCAGACAGGCAUCAGAAUAUUUUCACAUUUAAAAAAUUUAAAAUAAUUGGUGUCUGAUAUUGAGAAUUAUUAAUAAGUUCGUUGCAAAGUUACCUUAAUCUUAAUUAUUUUUUGCAUACUUUUGAAGUAGUAGGUAUCAUUUCCCGAUGUUGGUUAUUGUUAUCAGAAUUAAUUUGGUGAAUAUUCAUGGUUGCUAUGGUGUUUUAUAGCCCCAUGGAUAUCCAUUUUGCAUUUUAGUGCCACUCUUUAGAGAUCAUAGUACAAAAACCAAGCAAUUUUGAACCAAUUUGUACUGCCUUUAACUGGCCUCUGGCACAGAAAGGUCAUUUGGGUCUGGGUAGAAAGAUUAGUCAGUGGGAUUAAGGCAGGGGUCAGCAGUCUUUAGGAGUGGCAGGAAUGCCACUUUUAUUGUGGCAAGAUGGUGCUUCCAACCUAGCUGCAGCCAGUACUACUUUUCCCUGCUGCAUCUAGACUUUCUUGCUUGGAUAAAAUUACUCUGUGCGUCAGUUUUGACCUGUGGGUUGCCAGCCCCUGAAUUAAGGGGCUGAAAUUUGUAAACACAAAGAGAGGAGGAAAGGUUCUUUCCAGUGAAGGCAACCUUGGAGUUUUUGCGUUCUGAUUGGAGAAUAUUUCCAGUGCUGACAUCCUGUGGUAUGUUGGCUAAGAUGCAUACUGUAAACACUUUAUAUUAAAAGACCUUGUUGAAAGUCA